GUAAUCUGGAUGAGAAAGUGAGUGAUAGGGUGUUAUAUGAUAUUCUCAUUCAAGCAGGGCGUGUGGUGGACUUGUAUAUUCCCCGAGAUAAGGAAACCAAUCGUCCAAAAGGCUAUGCAUUUGCAGAAUACGAAACUGAAGAGGUCGCAGACUAA